UGGGUUUCGGUGUGACGAUCAGUUGUUUUUUCAACCUGAAGCGAAGUGGAUGCGCGCCGUGGUUAAAAAGUUCAGGCACAUACUUGCACACACUCUCGCACGCACACCUGUAGACACACGCACACAAAAAACAGAAACUAGAAAAAGACAACAAGUCAAAAAGUGGUAGCAGCAGCAACAGGCAAAAAGAAGCAACAAGUGACUUGUUUUUUGUUGUCUUCUCAUUUCGAAUCCAGUGGUACCAAGAACAUGAACUAGGCAAUUGAACCAAGCCAAGUAACAAUUUUGAAAGCCUUUAAAGGCGUUAAAAAACGCAGCAAUAGUACAGGUGUGAGUGCGCGCGAAAGAAAAGAAAGUGCAAUAAAAUCCAAAAAUUGUGAAAAGCCAACAAUUGCAAUGUAUACAACGUGUUAAAAAAAAUUACAGAAAACGGUUUAAUCGAGUGAAAGAGAGUAAGCAGCAGAGAAGGAAGGAGAAGGUAAAGGUGAACAUUUAAGAGCUCAAGAUAUCACUUACCAACCACCUGUAGCAGCACCAUCACCAGGAGAGGCGAUCGAGAGAAGAGAAUCCGAUUGAGAACCGUUCUCUUGUUGCUGCAUUGCCGCAGGCCGAGCAGUCCUGAGAUGAAGAUAGCCCAAAGCUAACCCCUGAAUAUGCGGCCCGAGCUUCGGAUCGAGGAGCAUCACUAGUAAUAGAUAGGAUAUAGAAAAUAUAUUGUCACACGAUCUACCAUCAUCUUAGGAGCACUAUCAUCACAGCAAUCGGAAGCACAGCCAUGCAGGUUCCCGAACACAUUGUUUCACUCUACAUUGCCACCUGUGGUCAAAAUGGACCUGGCUUGGGUUCCGACGAAAAGGAGAUCAUACUGCUUGUUUUUGUGCUGCUGGAGGUGACAAGCGGCCAGAUCGUUGGCACCAAACAAAUACUCGUGCGACCCGAUGGCUAUUUCAUCAAGGAUCGCACCAUAUCGAGCUCCUCGGACACCUCGAGUACAACCAACCACACGGCCAGCUCCCCGCCCCUGGCGAUCGGGGAUGCUGCCAGCGCCAGCAACAAUGGCACUGGAAGUGGCAACUGCAGCAGCCUGGACAACCACAACACGGAACUCGUUCUCCCAAUUGCAGAAGCCCAGGCGGCGGGAAAACCUUUGAGCGAGGCUAUCGACGAGUUUGAUGCCUACCUUCGUUCUCUUUCGCUCCACGACACUGAGAUCAAGCUCGUCACCGACGGCCAGUUGCCGCUCAGGCAGUGUCUCCACCGGGAGGCCAGUGCCAAGGAUCUGGAGCUGCCGACCUACUACAACCGCUUCAGCGAUCUGCGCAAGGAGUUCCUGCGCUACAAGUCCGGCGACCUGGCGCAUGCCCUGGUGCCCGUCAAGGAUGCCAAGAAGAUGCUGCAGGCGCCAUCGCUGCCUAUGCCGCAGUCCAUCGCCGAGAUGUUGGGUGAACUCAAUACCUUAUCGGUGGAGGAUAAAGACUUUUACAUACGCGAAUCUCGCGACAUGGUUACUGUGAUCCAGACCCUGCUGCAGGCAGGUCACACAUUUGCUGCAAACGAAUUGGUCAACCUGGUACUGGAACCUGGAAUUUGCUCAAUUGACGACGAGAUCGACGGCAACUGCAUUGUGCGGGCCAGAGGCUUACCCUGGCAGAGCAGCGACCAGGACAUCGCCAAGUUCUUUCGCGGCCUCAACGUAGCCAAGGGCGGCGUUGCUCUCUGUCUUUCUCCGCUGGGGAGGCGCAACGGUGAAGCCCUCAUCCGUUUUAUAUCCCAGGAGCACCGCGACAUGGCUCUAAAACGGCACAAGCAUCACAUCGGCACCCGGUAUAUCGAAGUGUACCGGGCCUCGGGCGAGGACUUCCUGGCCAUCGCCGGCGGUGCAUCAAAUGAGGCGCAGGCGUUCCUUUCCAAGGGCGCCCAGGUCAUCAUCCGGAUGCGGGGUCUACCUUACGACUGCACCGCCAAACAAGUGCUGGACUUUUUCACCACUGGUGACACGGCACCCUGCCAUGUCUUGGAUGGCAAUGAGGGCGUGCUUUUUGUGAAGAAACCGGAUGGACGAGCCACCGGGGAUGCCUUUGUCCUGUUCGCCCACGAGUCGGAUGCCGCCAAAGCACUGGGCCGUCACCGGGAGUCUAUAGGCCAGAGGUACAUUGAGCUAUUCCGCUCCACAACCGCCGAGGUACAGCAGGUUCUUAACCGCUCCAUGGACCCGAAGAACUACGAGUCGGGAGGAAACCACAGCCAGCCCCCGCUGAUCGCUCAGCUGCCGACGAUGCAGCUUCCGCUGCUGCCGCAGGUGGGUGCCACACAUGGCCUAGCCGCUCACGGCCUCGCAGCCAGCUCCCCUAACCUGUGCCCCCCUGUGCCUCCCCCUCCACAGCAUCUCAUCACAUCGGGCACAACAAGGAACUGCAUCCGACUGCGGGGACUACCCUACGAGGCGAUGGUGGAGCACAUACUUCACUUUCUUGACGGGUUUGCCAAACACAUUAUAUACCAGGGUGUUCAUAUGGUGAUCAACGCGCAGGGCCAACCCAGUGGAGAGGCCUUCAUCCAAAUGGACUCGGAGGACUCGGCCCGGCUGUGUGCCCAGCGCAAGCACAACCAGUUUAUGGUAUUUGGCAAGAAGUUCCGCUACAUCGAAGUGUUCCAGUGCUCCGGUGAUGACAUGAACAUGGUCCUUAAUGGAGGCCUCGCGUCGCCGGUGGCUCAACCACCGCCCCCGCACCACGGCCAUGCCCAUUCUCACCCCCAUAAGCAGCCCUCGCUGCUGGCUGCGGCCACCUCGGGUAUGUUCAGUUCGGCAGGUCAAUCGGCAUCGGCCUCUACUGGCACUGCCUCCCAGUCGCCAAUCGGCGGCACCCACUCCCACACACAAUCACACCCCCCACCACAUCUACACUCGCAUGUUCCGGGCCACGCCCCCUCUCACACCCUGCCUGCCUCCUCGACGGCCAUUUUGCCGAAUCUCUCGGCUGCCUCGGCGGGCGGACUGGCCUCCUUUAUAGCCACUCAGCCAGCGGCUGCUCAUUCGGCUGCAGUGACUCUAGCCCCGCCAGGAUACUCGCUAAAUCCCUUUUCCCUACCGCCACCAGGAUCAUCGCCCGCGAGUGCUGCCGCCGCUGCAGCAGCAGCUGCCGCUGCCACGCCGGCUCUCUUGGCACAGCAGCAGGCACAGUUUAUAGCUCAGCAGAGCCUCCUGGUGAGGCAACAGGCUGCCGCUGCCGCUCUGGCCGCCGAGCAGCAGCAGCAGCAGGUGCAGCAGCAGCAACAGCUCUACGCAAGUGCUAUGUUUCAGCAGCAUCCGUUGUACUUGCAACAGCAACAGCAGCAGCAACAACUAUACGCCAGCGCCAUGUUGCAGCAGGGGCAGCCCCAGUUUGUCCUUAUGCAAAGGCCUUCGGCUUCCUACUUGCCGCCCUUUCCGCUCAGCUAUAUGCCCACCGCUGCAGGAGCGGGAGCGGGAGUGGGCGUGGCACCAGCCGGAGCCACAGUGGCCGGUGCAAGUGCAGCAGCUGCAGCGGCAGCUCCCGCCAGCAACUCGUCAAUGAAGAGGUCGUAUGAGAAUGCAUUCCAGCAGGAUGCAACGGGAGCAGCGGCUGUGGCUGCCAGCGCAGCAAAAAGAGCCCUAACCCGAAAUCCCAGUAGCGCCUACUCCUACUACAAUCCGGGAAUUUAGAAUUCGGGAAUAUAUUCACAUUGAAAGCAUUUAAGAGCCAACUCCAACUUCGGCAACAUUCCGCGAGUGGGUAGGGGUGUUGAAAUAAUAAUACAAGCGCACCCAUACAUUUAACCUUCUCAUGUACACACAAACCACAUACCAGACAUUUUUAGAGCUUAAUUUUGACCAAUUUGGAGUGUAGACUUAAGUACUUUUCUUGUAUGGAGUACUCGUAGUAGGCUAAGAAUAUUUGUGUAUGGUCUAAGCGAACAAUAAGAUAUUUGACACUCCCCACACAAACGCAGGCACCCACUCACUCGCCUAAUCACUGAUCACCCAUACAUAAGCAUAAGUACACAAGGCUAACAGUGGGAGAUAUAGGAUAUAUGGGAUUAUGCGUCUAUAUCAGUAUAAUGCCAAUCGCCAUUGUUCUACCCUGCAUUCCACGGAUUUAAUUGCAUUUUUUGUAAAAGCUUGGAGUAUGAGUAUAGCUGCGUGUGUGUGGGCGUGUAUUAAGUGGAAGAGGAUAUACAUUUAUAUAUAUAACCGAUCUGUAGUCCCUUCUGCUCACCGACUCGAAGGCAAUCAACAGAGGCUAACGUCGUUCAUGGAGGGAGAGAGCUAGAUUCGAUGUUGGGCCCCCGCCCAUUCAGUGCAAUCUAAUUUUAAUGUCUACCCUUUGGUUACCACACCCCCAACCGAUGGAAUCCGCCCGCUCCGUCCCCCCAUGAACGGCGUCAGGUGUUGGCUCAGCGCAAAUUUAAGAAGAACUUGAAAUCGAAAACGUUUUCGAAACCGAAACCGAAACCGAAUCCGAUAGCUAAGGCGAAAACUGUUUGAGGGUUUACACACGUUAAGCGAUUAUAAACAAGUUACCCUGUUCUGUAAGAAAAGCACUUUAUGGAAUAACCGUCGAUGGGUGGAGUUGUGUGCCGAUCGAGAUAUAUACAUAUACACUACAUACUAUAUAAAUACUAUAUACACUAGCUUUUAAGAUCGUAAAAUUGUAAAAUGGGUUUGCAUAUUAAUCCACUCGGCAAUCUUUUCCCGUGUCUCUCCAUGGCAGCUAACACCAAUCAAUUAUUUAAUACAAUAAUAAUAAUCUCAUCGUUUUGACUUGCAAUACCGUACUCCCGUACACGUAUAAAUAGUACCUAGAUGUCUAUGGUGUAGCUCUUAAGUGUGCGUAACUGGUGUUAGUCGCAACCGGGGUCUAUCACUCUUCCUCUCAAACUCUGAAACUGUCAAUGCCUCCACUGUUUUGUGUGUUCUCUGUCAUCACUAAUUAAGUUCGGGACCUCAACUAGAUGCUAGAGUCUAGAGCUUGUUGUCUUAAAGUUGUGUCUAGUCUGCAUAUCGGAUGAUAACUGGUUAAUGGUGACUCGGGCUUACAUAUGUAUACCUGCAAUAUGCUUUAUUAGCAGUAAGGCUGUCCUAACUAUACGUCGUUUUUAUUACUUUUUUACAAUUUAAAUGAGCUUGACUCUUCGUGGGAGUCUUUUACUUUCUUUGAGUAAACAAAAGUCUCGAUUAGAUCCCCAAACUCCAAACCUUUCCCUCGUCACCCUUCUCUAGCUGCGUCUAACACUGAGUUCUGCUCUACUUGAUAAACUGAGUAAGUCCUGGCGAGCUCAUGGGAAAGAAUCGCCUAGCGCCUAGCCUAAUCUUUAGCCUAAUUUAACCCAUAGUGUUACUUUGUUAUUGCCAAUCGAGUGGCUUCCAAACGGGUUUUGCGGCCACCUUAAAGAAACAAAAACAAAAAUUAACAACAAGCGACAAACAGUAAUAUCUACUUAACUAGUUUUAACGCACAUCAGUUUUUAAUGUUUUUUCUGGAAACUACGAUUUUUGAUAUUCCAUUCUUUAUACCACUAGAUGUUUAUCAAACAAAUUUUUAAUUAAUUUUUUACAUCAAUAAAAUACGACAUACCGCCUA